AUGGAUUACCUUAUAGGUACUUGCUACCAGUGCGCGAAGUGUCUUUAUUGCAAAGAAGACUCUUUGAAAUCUUUAUGUGAAUGUGAUAAAAAUAUAGCACCUACAACACGGAAUCGUACAAAAUUAGUUCCAUAUGCUUUUACAAUUCAUUAUAAUACAAAUUUAAUGAUAACCAAAUUAAAUAAAUGGUAUCGUAUUGGUAAAACUAAACUGACAAAAUCAAAGUUGACAAAAUCUACAAAAUCAAAGUUGACAAAAUCUACAAACUCAAAGUUGACCAAAUCUAUAAGUCCUACCGAAUGUGCAACUUUUGAUACCAACAUAUCUGAAUCUGAAACCGACCAGCUUGAUGAUCAUACAACUUUUGAUACCAAUAAUCAUAUUACCAACAUAUUCGAAACUGAUCAGCUUGAUGCAUUUAAUACUAAUAAGUAUAAUACUAACAUAUCUAAGACUCACAAGCUUGAUUUCCAUACAACUUUCAAUACAAAUAAGUAUAUUUCCAACAUACCUGAGAUUGACAAGCUUGAUGAUUAUACUGCUUUUGAUUACGAUACACCAGUAUGUGAUGAAUUUGAAGAUCUUUUAAAUGAAGAGGUUGAAGAAUUAGAUUUAGAGAAUAACAAUUUUAGUAGACAGUUAGAUAAGUUGGAUAAUGAAAAUAAUAAGUAUGAAACAGAUUCAUGUGGUGAAUUCCAUUAUCAAAUUCUUUUGCAUAUUCAAUUUCAACUAAAUAAUACUACUAUUACUCAAAAUGAUUAUGUAUUGUCAUAUAAAGUGACAAAAGAAACUGGGGCAGGAACUCAAAUUAUCAAUAAGAGUGAUUUUGAAAGUUUUAUUGAAGAUUAUAAUCAGGCUACAAAUAGAAAAAAAAGAAAACCUAAUAGUGAUGAUAAUUUAAAUAAAAAAAAACUACAUUUAUUUAGUAGAAAGCCUAAAGAAUCUCAGCUUGAUGAUGACAAACGUAUUAUGGCAUCUACUAUUUCUCAAAUUCGUGAAAAAUAUUUUUGUGCCAAUUGUGAAGGUUCCUGUUGGGCUACUAAAACUGCAGAUAUUAAUGCAUCACCAAGUCACGCAAUCUUUACAUUACCACCUAAUAAAAGAAGAAUAUCUAAUUCACAACUUUCAUCACAAUUAUCUCCUCAAAUGUCUUUGCAAAUACCUUUUCAAGUACUAUCUCAAAUGUCUUCACAAGCACUUACACAUAUACCAUCACAAAUGCUAUCACAAAUGCCCUCACAAAUACAACCACAAUUGCUAUUACAACCAAUGCAGCUAUCGACUAAUUUUCUAUCUCAAAUAUUAAAUAAUUUCUCACCACAACUAUUAAAUAACUUGUUUUCAUAUUUAUCUAAUAUGCCCUUACAAUAA